AUGCAACCAGCGGCGGUUUCCUCUUCAAAUAUUCCCACUGAUUUGUCAGGUAUAAAAGCUACAGAAUAUCAACGUUCUUACUCUUGGAAACUACCAAUGGUUAAUAAAGUUAAACAAAAAGAAUUUACAAAAUCUGAAUAUCAACGAGAAUUUACCUGGAGAGAUAAUAAUAACAACAACACUAAUUUAAUAUCUUCAACAAGUACUACUCCGAUACCACCUUCGCCUAUACCACCCUCUCCAAUACCGCCUUCACCUAUACCACCACCUAUAUCAUCAAUUAAUAAUAUUAGUAAUGAUUUAUCAAAAUUGAGACUUACCUCUAAAUCUACUCCAUCUUUAUUAAAUGAUAUUGCACUAUUACCUGAUAACAGCCACAUUGAUGUUAAACACAAUGCUGAUCGUCUCUCAAAAAAAAUAAGAUCUUAUUCAAUGUAUUCACUUCACGACCAAUUGAAAACAUCAGAAACUGCUCAAGAUUUAUCAGACCCCUUGGAAUCAGAAUACAAAAGAAAUUUUGUUAAUUGGAAUGAGUAUGGUACUGCGUCAAGAGAAGACGCUUAUCUCAACAAUAAAGAAUCAAUCGAUUUGACUUCAAAUAGAACGAAUCAUGGUAGAAGAAGAGGCUCUUGGUCUGCUCCUUCAUUACCCGCUACUCUUAAAUGGUUAGAAAACGUAGAUGUCAGUAAUAAAUCCUCUUUGCGUGACCCUAAUAAACAACAAUCUUCUAUUUCUAAUAAUGUUGCUGCCAAUGGUUAUGAUGGGUAUGAUAAUGAUGAUAAUAUCGUUACUAGUAGAAGUGGCAGAUACCAUUCCAAAGAUCAUAUACCUUCGGCAUCAAUCAUAGCAGCUGGAGUCCCUAAUGAUAAACCAUACCAUAACGGUGGUGUACAUGAAAUUUUUAGUGAUGAUACUCGUUAUUACAAUGAUCUUAAUUAUUCUUAUUACGAUAACAAUAAUAAUAAUAGUAAUAGAAAAAUCCAUGAAAAGAAUCGUGUAUUUGAUGAGUAUUAUGUUGAAAAUAAUAAAAAAUAUAAUAGACAUGAUUCAUCAUCAUUACCUUAUGAUGAUAAUAGAAAAGAAUAUCGUGAAAAUAAUAAUAAUGGUUAUUAUGGCGAUGUUGUUGAUCAUCAUAAUAUUAAUAAUAGAAAAGAUUAUAUUGAUGAUGAUAGGAAAUAUCGUGAAAAAUCGCAACGUGAUGUUGUUGAUCCUCCUCGCCCUUAUCCUCAUAGCAAUAACAACAAAUAUCCGUCAGAUGAGUAUUUUGAAGCCAAUGGACGUGAAAAAGAUCAAUACAAACAUAAUAUUACUAACAAUAGCAUUGAUCUUCAACGCAAUAUUGGUCAUUCAAGAGAUACUUCAUACACUUCAUCAAAUAGAAGUUCAAUUUAUGAAGACCAUCAUCUUAUUCAACUUCAACAACAGCAUCGUAAUCAACCCUCACCACCUUCUCACUUGGAUGCAUUUCGUCACAGGAAUAGUUUCAGUUCUAAUAGUUCUGUAUCAACACCAAGCACCCCUGUAAGUCCAAAUUAUUAUGAAGCAAGCGAUUUGAAAUGGAAGAAAAAUCCAUCACCAUCACCUGUAACUGAGCCUCAAAUUUACAAGGAUCAAUUAUACACAAAUGUUUUGGCCUCUAAUAAAGCUAACGUUACUGAUGAUGGAUAUUAUUAUGAUGAUGUUGCUAAUAAAAGUAGUAAACAUCAACAACCUUACGUUAGUAGUAAAGGUUAUAUUAGCAAUAAUGGUGUCGUCGGUGACGGUGAUCCUUACAAUGCAUACAAUAACAAUAGUUCAAGGCAUUCUGCAUCUUCAACACCCCGUUCCUACAACUCGUUAUACUCAACGCCGACACCAAGAUCAACAAGUCCUACACGUGAUUCAUACAAUAACAAGAAAUAUAGUCAUCAUCGUAUGAUCUCAUCUCCUACAAUGUCACCGACAUAUUCUUCUCGACCGCCAUCACGUGCAACCAGUGUUAGCAGUCAUGCUACAUCGAUAGAAGAAGAAUCUGCGAUAUUAACUGAUAUUUUAAAGGAAGCUGACAAUGCUACACUUAAAAGUUUAACUGAUCAAAUGACGAGUGUCACGAAUAGUAAAAGGUUACCUACUUCAAAUAAUAAUAUUAAUGGUAGAGCUACACCAUCUUCAAAUAAUAUUAACGGUAGAGCUACACCAUCAUCAAGAAAUCCAAAAAGUAAUAUUAUGGUUGGUAGUAAUAAUAAAAGUAGUUAUAAUAAAAGCAAUUCAGCUCCUAGUACACCUGGGUUUAAUGCCAGUAAAAGUAAAGGUCAUAAAAAGCCAUCUUCUGCAUCUUCAGUAUCUUCGAUAACUUCAUAUCGUGGUGAUAUAAGAUCAGGUGCUUCAACCCCUAGUACCGGUACAAAUUUCUCCGCUGCAAGAGAGGCAUUGGCAAGAGCCAGGUUACAGGUUGAACAGAUGUUGGAAAUUGUUGAUAAUGGUGGUACUAUUGAUUUUUAA